AGCCACAGUCUUAAGAUGAAGGAUCCUGUCAGCACCUGCUCUUACAACCAGCUCUAUCAAAAUGCCAAGCGACUUUCAAAAACUGGGGAGUAUUUCUGCAAAGAACUAAUGACGAUUUUUCAGCAAAGGGCUGAGCUGGAGCUUACUUACGCUAAAGGAUUACAAAAACUUGCUGGCAAACUCAUCAGGGCCUCCAAAGGAAUGCCAAGCAAUUCCACCUACAGCGCCUGGUGUCAUGUGUCAGAUGAGAUGUACUCAAGAGCAGACGCCCACAGAUCAUUAGGAAACGCAUUUCAGCAAGAAGCAAUUCUGGAAAUACGACAAGCCUUAGACGAGCAAAACAAGAGGAAGAGGCCUCUUGACAGCGCCACUGAAAGAACUGGAAAACUUGUUACUGUUAAUUGGAGUGAGCAACUCAAGACGAAGAAGAAACUGGUUGGACUAACAAGAGAGCAUGAGGCUUUGUUCAACUUUGUUGAGAACAACAAGCACAUCUGCACGGAAAAGGAAAAACAAAAGAUGUUGAACAGGCUGACUAAGUCGGCAGAGAUGCAGACGCGGGUGGAUGAGGAGUACUUUAAAAUCAACAUGGAGGGUCAUCAGAUGAGACUCAAGUUGGAAAACACACUGAAAUACUGCUAUCAGAUCCUACAGGAGCUGGAGAAACAGCGAAUUGAACUUCUUUGCAACAUUUUGAAUAGAUACAGCCUCCACAUGUCCAGCUUUGGGCAGACCAUAACACACGGCCAAAGACAGAUAGAACAGGCAGUCCAAAGGGUGGACAUGGAUAAAGACAUACAAACCCUGGUGGAGGAAAACAGCAUCACAGCUGAAGAUAACACAGCUGAGUUUCUGAUGGCUGAUUAUUUUGAGGAGGACAGCAAAUCACUGAUGUGCAAAGACCGAAGAAGAGAGGCCAUCAAACUCAAACUCCAGCGUCUGGACGACUAUAUUUCAAAAACAAAGAAAGACCGUGAAGGAGUUGAAAAACUGAUGAGAACAUACUCUGAAAAUCCGUCUUUUUCAAAUCAAAAGAACCUUGAGGAGACCGAGCAGCAGCUCGACGAGUGUAGUCUAAAACAGGAUCUCCUCGAGGCCACUCACUACAAACUCUCUGUAUCGCUGUCUGAAUUAGACGGGACACCCAAGUCCUUUCACCGAUUUAGCAACAGCAUUGUGAAAUGGAAAGAUAAGGACUGCGAGCACAGCGUUGUACAACUGACUCGUCCAGUCAAACUGAGGAGGAAACCGCUCAGAACCCGACAAUCACUCAGAGCCUCCAUCAUUUACAAAGGGCCCGCUCAGUUUGUGACUCAACAGCCUGCGGAGGCUUUACCAAGCACCACUAACCAAGUCACUCCAACGGCCACAACACAUGAAACUGUAGCCGGAGAGCGUGGCAGCACUGUUAACAGAGCCCUGCCUCACACGGAUGAUGACAGAGAACAAGGUCAAGGAAGACCAGCGUCGCACACUAUAGGACAAUGCAGAGCGCUGUACAACUUCACCCCUGAACAGGAGGAUGAAUUGACUUUGAAAGAAGGAGAUCUUCUAGACAUUUACACAAAGGAAGACAAUGGUUGGUGGUUUGGCAUACUUAAUGGGAAGACGGGCCAUUUCCCAUCAACAUAUGUUGAGGAGAUGCCUGUGUUAAGCAAAGCCGAAUCAUCUGACGCCUGA